AUGAUCCCCGCCGCUCCAGCCACCCCCCCGCCCGCUCCCCCCGUCCCCUGCUCCCCGGCGCCGCUUGACGGCCGUGCGUGUCUGCUUUCCCUGUAUAAUCGAGCCAAGAAAGCCAAUUCGCUUCAGACUGGAGCGUGUAGUCCACGAAUGGCGAAGAAGAAGACCAGCAAGCGCGUUGCAGCGCCCGCAGAUGCUGCCAAGGGCUCAGCGGUUGAAGCAGGGGGUAAGUCUGCUGCGCUGGCAUCGGCGCCUGUGGAGGGACGGGAGGCGGACAAUGAAGGCACGGAAGAAGCGGGGCCACAGCAGGCGACAGAGAGCAGGCGGGUGCAGAAGAGGGCUGCCAAGCAGACGAGGCUCAUGGACAAUUUGAGGCGAACACAGACUCUCAUUGCUGCUGCCAGGGGAGACUCAAAGACGAAGAAGGCUUCUAAGAAGAAGAAGAAAGGAGCAGUAUCGAGCCUCCCAACCAGCCUUACGUUGGACACACUCGCCUCGUCGCUGGGGGACGCCCUUCCAGACGCACUGGCUCUGAGCAGGGAGGCGGAGAAGCGGCAAGCAGUGCUGUCCGCGAAGCAGCGCGGGAAGAUCGUCGUGGUGUGUGGAGCGUGGUGUGAGGAGCGUGGUGUGUGGAGCGUGGUGUGUGGAGCGUGGUGUGAGGAGCGUGGUGUGAGGAGCGUGGUGUGUGGAGCGUGGUGUGUGGAGCGCGGUGUGUGGAGCGCGUGGUGUGUGGAGCGUGGUGUGUGGAGCGUGGUGUGUGGAGCGUGGUGUGUGGAGCGUGGUGUGUGGAGCGUGGUGUGUGGAGCGUGGUGUGUGGAGCGUGGUGUGAGGAGCGUGGUGUGUGGAGCGUGGUGUGUGGAGCGUGGAGCGUGGUGUGUGGAGCGUGGUGUGUGGAGCGUGGUGUGUGGAGCGUGGUGUGUGGAGCGUGGUGUGUGGAGCGUGGUGUGUGGAGCGUGGUGUGUGGAGCGUGGUGUGUGGAGCGUGGUGUGUGGAGCGUGGUGUGUGGAGCGUGGUGUGUGGAGCGUGGUGUGUGGAGCGUGGUGUGUGGAGCGUGGUGUGAGGAGCGUGGUGUGUGGAGCGUGGUGUGUGGAGCGUGGUGUGUGGAGCGUGGUGUGUGGAGCGUGGUGUGUGGAGCGUGGUGUGUGGAGCGUGGUGUGUGGAGCGUGGUGUGUGGAGCGUGGUGUGUGGAGCGUGGUGUGUGGAGCGUGGUGUGUGGAGCGUGGUGUGUGGAGCGUGGUGUGUGGAGCGUGGUGUGUGGAGCGUGGUGUGUGGAGCGUGGUGUGUGGAGCGUGGUGUGUGGAGCGUGGUGUGUGGAGCGUGGUGUGUGGAGCGUGGUGUGAGGAGCGUGGUGUGUGGAGCGUGGUGUGUGGAGCGUGGUGUGUGGAGCGUGGUGUGUGGAGCGUGGUGUGUGGAGCGUGGUGUGUGGAGCGUGGUGUGUGGAGCGUGGUGUGUGGAGCGUGGUGUGUGGAGCGUGGUGUGUGGAGCGUGGUGUGUGGAGCGUGGUGUGUGGAGCGUGGUGUGUGGAGCGUGGUGUGUGGAGCGUGGUGUGUGGAGCGUGGUGUGUGGAGCGUGGUGUGUGGAGCGUGGUGUGUGGAGCGUGGUGUGAGGAGCGUGGUGUGUGGAGCGUGGUGUGAGGAGCGUGGUGUGUGGAGCGUGGUGUGUGGAGCGUGGUGUGAGGAGCGUGGUGUGUGGAGCGUGGUGUGUGGAGCGUGGUGUGAGGAGCGUGGUGUGAGGAGCGUGGUGUGUGGAGCGUGGUGUGAGGAGCGUGGUGUGUGGAGCGUGGUGUGUGGAGCGUGGUGUGUGGAGCGUGGAGCGUGGUGUGUGGAGCGUGGUGUGUGGAGCGUGGUGUGUGGAGCGUGGUGUGUGGAGCGUGGUGUGUGGAGCGUGGUGUGUGGAGCGUGGUGUGUGGAGCGUGGUGUGUGGAGCGUGGUGUGUGGAGCGUGGUGUGUGGAGCGUGGUGUGUGGAGCGUGGUGUGUGGAGCGUGGUGUGUGGAGCGUGGUGUGUGGAGCGUGGUGUGUGGAGCGUGGUGUGUGGAGCGUGGUGUGAGGAGCGUGGUGUGUGGAGCGUGGUGUGAGGAGCGUGGAGCGUGGUGUGAGGAGCGUGGUGUGAGGAGCGUGGUGUGUGGAGCGUGGUGUGUGGAGCGUGGUGUGUGGAGCGUGGUGUGUGGAGCGUGGUGUGUGGAGCGUGGUGUGUGGAGCGUGGUGUGUGGAGCGUGGUGUGAGGAGCGUGGUGUGAGGAGCGUGGUGUGUGGAGCGUGGUGUGUGGAGCGUGGUGUGUGGAGCGUGGUGUGUGGAGCGUGGUGUGUGGAGCGUGGUGUGUGGAGCGUGGUGUGUGGAGCGUGGUGUGUGGAGCGUGGUGUGUGGAGCGUGGUGUGUGGAGCGUGGUGUGUGGAGCGUGGUGUGUGGAGCGUGGUGUGUGGAGCGUGGUGUGUGGAGCGUGGUGUGUGGAGCGUGGUGUGUGGAGCGUGGUGUGUGGAGCGUGGUGUGUGGAGCGUGGUGUGUGGAGCGUGGUGUGUGGAGCGUGGUGUGUGGAGCGUGGUGUGUGGAGCGUGGUGUGAGGAGCGUGGAGCGUGGUGUGUGGAGCGUGGUGUGUGGAGCGUGGUGUGUGAAGCGUGGUGUGAGGAGCGUGGUGUGUCGAGCGUGGUGUGUGGAGCGUGGUGUGUGGAGCGUGGUGUGAGGAGCGUGGUGUGUGGAGCGUGGUGUGAGGAGCGUGGUGUGUGGAGCGUGGUGUGUGGAGCGUGGUGUGAGGAGCGUGGUGUGAGGAGCGUGGUGUGUGGAGCGUGGUGUGAGGAGCGUGGUGUAUGGAGCGUGCGUGGUGUGUGGAGCGUGGUGUGUGGAGCGUGGUGUGUGGAGCGUGGUGUGAGGAGCGUGGUGUGUGGAGCGUGGUGUGUGGAGCGUGGUGUGUGGAGCGUGGUGUGUGGAGCGUGGUGUGUGGAGCGUGGUGUGAGGAGCGUGGUGUGUGGAGCGUGGUGUGAGGAGCGUGGUGUGAGGAGCGUGGAGCGUGGUGUGAGGAGCGUGGUGUGUGGAGCGUGGUGUGUGGAGCGUGGUGUGAGGAGCGUGGUGUGUGGAGCGUGGUGUGAGGAGCGUGGUGUGUGGAGCGUGGUGUGUGGAGCGUGGUGUGAGAAGCGUGGUGUGUGGAGCGUGGUGUGUGGAGCGUGGUGUGUGGAGCGUGGUGUGUGGAGCGUGGUGUGUGGAGCGUGGUGUGAGGAGCGUGGUGUGUGGAGCGUGGUGUGUGGAGCGUGGUGUGUGGAGCGUGGUGUGUGGAGCGUGGUGUGUGGAGCGUGGUGUGAGGAGCGUGGAGCGUGGUGUGUGGAGCGUGGUGUGAGGAGCGUGGUGUGUGGAGCGUGGUGUGUGGAGCGUGGUGUGUGGAGCGUGGUGUGUGGAGCGUGGUGUGUGGAGCGUGGUGUGAGGAGCGUGGUGUGUGGAGCGUGGUGUGUGGAGCGUGGUGUGUGGAGCGUGGUGUGUGGAGCGUGGUGUGUGGAGCGUGGUGUGAGGAGCGUGGUGUGUGGAGCGUGGUGUGUGGAGCGUGGUGUGUGGAGCGUGGUGUGUGGAGCGUGGUGUGUGGAGCGUGGUGUGUGGAGCGUGGUGUGUGGAGCGUGGUGUGUGGAGCGUGGUGUGUGGAGCGUGGUGUGUGGAGCGUGGUGUGAGGAGCGUGGUGUGUGGAGCGUGGUGUGUGGAGCGUGGUGUGAGGAGCGUGGUGUGUGGAGCGUGGUGUGUGGAGCGUGGUGUGUGGAGCGUGGUGUGUGGAGCGUGGUGUGUGGAGCGUGGUGUGUGGAGCGUGGUGUGUGGAGCGUGGUGUGUGGAGCGUGGUGUGUGGAGCGUGGAGCGUGGUGUGAGGAGCGUGGUGUGUGGAGCGUGGUGUGUGGAGCGUGGUGUGAGGAGCGUGGUGUGUGGAGCGUGGUGUGUGGAGCGUGGUGUGUGGAGCGUGGUGUGAGGAGCGUGGUGUGUGGAGCGUGGUGUGUGGAGCGUGGUGUGAGGAGCGUGGUGUGUGGAGCGUGGUGUGUGGAGCGUGGUGUGUGGAGCGUGGUGUGUGGAGCGUGGUGUGUGGAGCGUGGUGUGUGGAGCGUGGUGUGUGGAGCGUGGUGUGAGGAGCGUGGUGUGUGGAGCGUGGUGUGUGGAGCGUGGUGUGUGGAGCGUGGUGUGUGGAGCGUGGUGUGUGGAGCGUGGUGUGUGGAGCGUGGUGUGUGGAGCGUGGUGUGUGGAGCGUGGUGUGUGGAGCGUGGUGUGUGGAGCGUGGUGUGUGGAGCGUGGUGUGUGGAGCGUGGUGUGUGGAGCGUGGUGUGUGGAGCGUGGUGUGUGGAGCGUGGUGUGUGGAGCGUGGUGUGUGGAGCGUGGUGUGUGGAGCGUGAGCGUGGUGUGUGGAGCGUGGUGUGUGGAGCGUGGUGUGUGGAGCGUGGUGUGUGGAGCGUGGUGUGUGGAGCGUGGUGUGAGGAGCGUGGUGUGUGGAGCGUGGUGUGUGGAGCGUGGUGUGUGGAGCGUGGUGUGUGGAGCGUGGUGUGUGGAGCGUGGUGUGUGGAGCGUGGUGUGUGGAGCGUGGUGUGUGGAGCGUGGUGUGUGGAGCGUGGUGUGUGGAGCGUGGUGUGUCGAGCGUGGUGUGUGGAGCGUGGUGUGUGGAGCGUGGUGUGGAGCGUGGUGUGUGGAGCGUGGUGUGUGGAGCGUGGUGUGUGGAGCGUGGUGUGUGGAGCGUGGUGUGAGGAGCGUGGUGUGAGGAGCGUGGUGUGUGGAGCGUGGUGUGAGGAGCGUGGUGUGAGGAGCGUGGUGUGUGGAGCGUGGUGUGUGGAGCGUGGUGUGUGGAGCGUGGUGUGUGGAGCGUGGUGUGAGGAGCGUGGUGUGUGGAGCGUGGUGUGUGGAGCGUGGUGUGUGGAGCGUGGUGUGAGGAGCGUGGUGAGCGUGGUGUGUGGAGCGUGGUGUGAGGAGCGUGGUGUGAGGAGCGUGGUGUGUGGAGCGUGGUGUGAGAAGCGUGGUGUGUGGAGCGUGGUGUGUGGAGCGUGGUGUGUGGAGCGUGGUGUGUGGAGCGUGGUGUGUGGAGCGUGGUGUGAGGAGCGUGGUGUGUGGAGCGUGGUGUGUGGAGCGUGGUGUGUGGAGCGUGGUGUGUGGAGCGUGGUGUGUGGAGCGUGGUGUGUGGAGCGUGGUGUGUGGAGCGUGGUGUGUGGAGCGUGGUGUGAGGAGCGUGGUGUGAGGAGCGUGGUGUGA